UGUUGCUUUCAUUUUAUCUACGGGGUUAAACUGCAGUCAUUGUGUUUUUUUUCCUGAGCUGACGUAGAGGAGGGAGGAGUCUCCCUCCCGUGUCAGGCUUCUCGACGGAAAAUAUCCAUAUAUGGCCCAAGGAAAAUGUGACGUACGCGAGCAACACUAGGGGAUGUAGGCCAAAUCCGAGUUGUUGACGUGGCCCCGUCACUUCCGGUCAUGGCGGUUAGCAAUAGUUUAGCAGCUGCAGCGUCGCCAACCAGACAUAUAGCAUGGUUCCGUUUUGGUUUCUAUAAGUGUUUGUCUCAAGUCGUCGACGAAAUGGGUGGAAAUCUGGUAGCAAAAGUCAUUCGGCAUUUACGAAGAAAAAGUUCCUACCCGGAAGUUUACUGGCAGACUAACAGGAAAGUCCCGGCUAUGCCCAUACAUGGGCUUCCGUCUUUCCUUAUUUGGUAAUCUACGUCAUGACAAGAGUCUACAUAAAGCCAGCCUCAAAGAGGACUCCUGUCGGAUCUCGUGUUAAAGUCGCCGUGCGCAACAAGUGAAAACACCAACCGGAAACAAGCAUUGUCAUCCCCUCAUUUACAAAAAAAUAGUCACCUUAUCCGUUCACCGGGACUCUCCUUGGGAUCCCGGACCAGACCCAAACCCGCGUUGGCGUCUUCCGAAGGUCCGAGCCCCGAUAAGAAGCAAGUCCGGUACCCCCACACGGUCCCCGGGCAACAACGCAGUGCCGGUGCCCCGGAGCACCAGGAGCGGCCAAACCCCAGAGAGAUGGCCGCGACUAAAGCGGAGCUGCUCCUCUCGGCCCUGCAGAUCUCCGAGCCCUUGGCCAGCUUCCCACCUGUCUUGUCCCCGCUGGAGGGCUACCCGAAGCUGGAGGAGCUGCAGCUUCUUCUGCAGAACGCCGCCGAGGGUGGAGGAUUGCUGAGCGGAGAAACCGGGGACUACGGAGACCUUCUGUCAGAACUGGCCGACCUGCAGAACCUCCCGCCGCUGACCCCCCGCAUCCCUCCUCUAGCAUACAGCGGCCGCUUUACCUUCGAGCCGUCCUCUGCGUCCAGCGCCAGCUUGUGGCCGGAGCCUCUACUCAGCCUCUUUAGUGGUUUGGUCAGCGUCGCUGCUCCUUCUGCUCCCUCCUCUUCUUCUUCGGUGACGUCCACGCUGAGUCAACCGAUUCUCAGCUGCGUCUCCACUGAUGUGGGCUCCAUUUUCUCCGUGGCACCAACAUUCACUACCGCCGCCAUCAACACCCUCGACAAUCAACCGGCUCCCUACCUGUCGCAGGGGCCGCCUCCGGCCUACCCGGCCUCUAGGCUGCCCAUGCUCCCGGAUUACAUCCUACCUCAGUCGCAGGAUGCCGAGCUCCUAAACCGGGACCGGAAGCCUGUGAUGUCACAAGGUGGGAAUCUCCCACAGCCGCCACUCACACCGCUCUCUACCAUCAAGGCCUUCUCCUCUUCACACGUGCCUAACCAGCCUCUCACCGCCCCCGCCUGCCAGCUCAGCAGACCAUGCAGGAGGAAGUUGCAGGGUAAAACGUCCUCUCAGGAGCGUCCAUAUAUGUGCCCGGCGGAUGGUUGCGACCGCCGCUUCUCACGCUCGGACGAGCUGACCCGCCAUGUGCGGGUGCACACGGGACAGAAACCCUUCCAGUGUCGCAUCUGCAUGCGCAGUUUCAGUCGCAGCGAUCACCUGACCACACACAUCCGCACCCACACGGGGGAGAAACCCUUCGCCUGCGCCGAGUGUGGACGCAAAUUCGCCCGCAGUGAUGAGCGCAAACGGCACACCAAAAUCCACCAAAGGCACCGGGACCGGAAUACCAUCCCCGCUCCCCCCGCCUCUGCCACACCUCCCAUCUCCUCUUCAGCUUGCUCCUCUUCCUACUCUUCGCCCGCUCACAGCUCCUCUUCUCCCACACCUUCCAUAUUUAACCCAUCCUCCUUACCGAGCUACCCCAAACUGUACUCCUCCAGCUGUUCCUCACCCCCCCAAUCGGAGCAUCCGCCCAGCAUCGCUUCACUUCACAACAUAUGCUAAGUCGGACAUCAGCCUGCUCAAUUUGUUCACCGAGCACAAACAGGACAAGUAAAACAUUCGAGCUGCAAGCAGUUGUGAAUGGGCUCUCGCACCUUCUUUUUCAGGCAAAAAAUGAACACCAAACUCUUAAACCCAGGAAUUCAUCAGGCUGUUUGGGACCCGUAAAUUAUCAACAAAAUGCAAAAUUAGUUGAGCUUUCCCAUUUGUUGAAUCCCUCAAAAACUUUGAUUAACAUUAUCAAUGAUCAUCACAAUGAUUCCAAUAGAUGCAAAGAACUCAAACCAGCAACAGUUCAUUCAGCAAAUGCCCCAAACAAACACCUUGUGAACUGAACUGAAUGUAAAUAAAUGUAUAUUUUAUAUAUAUACAUAGAUAUACAUACACACAUGAAUAUUUUUGUAUAGAUUUUUAUUUUGUUUACCUACCGUGUAGGUUUAUAUGUUCAAAUGCAUUUGAUACCAGAUGUAUUUUCCUCUGAACAGAACAAAGAAUAAAAAUGUGGAGCGCCAAAACAAUGUA